AGCUGGAGGUCCGGGCUGGUGCUGGCUUCUGCUGUGAAGGAGGGUCGAAGUCGCCCGCUGCUGCUGGAGGAGCCCGUUGAGCCGGCAGAGAGAAAUUGAGAGGGGAGGGAGACACCUGCAGACCUGCUUCACCACUUGUGAAGCUUCUGCCCUGCAGGUGUUAAGCAUUAAUAAUGUCUUUCAUCUUUGAGUGGAUCUACAAUGGCUUCAGCAGUGUGCUCCAAUUCCUAGGACUCUACAAGAAAUCUGGAAAACUUGUGUUUUUGGGUUUGGACAAUGCCGGCAAAACCACACUUCUACAUAUGCUCAAAGAUGACAGAUUGGGCCAACAUGUUCCAACAUUACAUCCGACAUCAGAAGAACUGACGAUUGCUGGAAUGACUUUUACAACUUUUGAUCUUGGUGGGCAUGAGCAAGCACGUCGGGUUUGGAAAAAUUAUCUCCCGGCAAUUAAUGGGAUUGUCUUUCUGGUGGACUGUGCAGAUCAUCCUCGACUCCUGGAAUCCAAAGUAGAGCUUAAUGCUUUAAUGACUGAUGAAACAAUAUCCAAUGUGCCAAUCCUUAUCUUGGGUAACAAAAUUGACAGAACAGAUGCAAUCAGUGAAGAAAAACUCCGUGAGAUAUUUGGGCUUUAUGGACAGACAACAGGAAAGGGAAAUGUGACCCUGAAGGAGCUGAAUGCCCGCCCCAUGGAAGUGUUCAUGUGCAGUGUGCUCAAGAGGCAAGGGUACGGCGAGGGCUUCCGCUGGCUCUCCCAGUAUAUUGACUGAUGUUUGGACAGUGAAAAUAAAAGAGUUUUACUUCUCUGGACUGAUCCUA